UUCAUUUUUGUGUUUUCUUUUGUUCAUAUCAAUGGAAAACUCAGCCAACUCCAGAAUCUGCAGCCACGGCGAGGAGGAUCGGUGUGAAGCGACGUUUCACGAGGACCCUAGUUGGAGUACUUCUUCCUCCAUGGACGAUCUUCUCAUGUUCGAUGUUCGUAGUACGAUUCAUUCUUCUUCUUAUGAGUUUUUUCAAACCCGCCUUUGUUGUUCCUCCGCCGUGGAUGGUGGAGCUCAGGCUUCUGCUUCCUCCUUCCGACUGAAACGGAGGAAGAUGGCAGCCGAUGAUGAUCUCGAAGAUACUGCCACUUCUCCUCCUCAUCCUUCCAUUGUUUCCAAGAUGGAUGAGCCUAGUUCUAAGCAACAGAAGAAGCAGAGGGCAACGAUCAAUCAAACAAAGCACAAGGGAAAAGGAAGUGAAGACUAUGGGGAGGUUGAAGAUAGAAUAAUUCAAGUGGGUGUUGUGGGGAGGGAUAAUAAUAAGAAUUAUUGUAGCACAGGACUUAAGAACAUUGGUCUUUGUUUAGUUCCUGUAUCCAUGGCUCUCAAUUAUUUUGCUUAGGGUUCUCUCCCUUCUUCAAUUUCUUCUAUACACAAUGUUUUAUAUACAUACAUAUACAUAUAUUCAAUUAGGUUGACACGUUGGUAACAUUUUCAAUCAUUUCCCACACUGUAUUUUGUAUAAUAUCCAUGUCAACUUUUUUGUUAGGUUUUCUCCCUUGAUAAAUGCAUAUAUAUAGUACAC